ACACAAAUUAUAAGCUAUUAAACACCAGAUAAACUAAGUUGUGACUGUUGUGCCAAUGUAGAUAAGCUGAACACAUUAAUGCAUCUUUUACCACACAAGAUCAUUUUUCAUUUUCAUUGAGUUGACAAGGUCACACCUGACUGCACUGAGCUGGUUUAUCUAGGGUGGAUUUUCUUUCCAUGAUGUGUAGGUUGGAAGGAUUUACCUCAAGGCUUUGGUGUUAAACUUGACCUUGAAUGUUUGCAUACGGCGUACUGAUGCCGUCUGAAUCUGUCAGCUUUGUGAUAUAGUUUACAUUGACUUGUGAAACGGCUCUCUAUGAGGAAAGUCUUUAGUCUCUCUCUGACACCACAACCAUGGGUUUAAAAUCUAUACUGUAUGCUCUUCUCACACCUGUCCAUGUCCAGUGAAAAAUUAAGUAAAAAUGUGCAUGUGAGCAUGUGAAUGAAUCUGUGUGUUUUAUGGAGUGUGUGUGGGAGAGUCUACUCUACUGUAUGUGUACAUUUAUUUGCGAAUGUGCUAACGUUUACAUGACAGGUUUCCAGAUGAGCUGAGUGUGCUGAUGCGUCUGCGUCUAUGUCAUCGCUGGUCAGAGGACAGAAUGCUAUUGGCUGUUUUAGGGCCAGAAGGGGAGGAGCUUUUCCAGCUGAAGGUCGGACCAAGACUACUCACUGUGGUCACUGUGUGGGAACAACCCUAUGAGUUUCUUGCCACUCCUCUGUGGGAUGGACGGUGGCACAGUGUCUCCCUGUCCGUCUCUGCGUCCACACUGGAGUUGUACUUGGACUGUUUUCUACAGGAGAGCAUACCCUGGCGUCGGGCCCCGGGACCACGGGUCAACACUUUAGGCCUGACGCUGCUGGGAGGAGCCUCAAGUCCUGAUCACACGCCCUUUACCGGCACCAUCCAGCAGAUGAUCCUAGUCUUGGGAGAUCCUACAGCAGCAGAGCAGCAAUGUUACAUCAGCAGCUGCUUGGCUCUGACAGAUACACAGGAGGUUGGAGCUGUAGCUGAAGUGACCACUCAGCAUGACAUCAGAGUAUCAUCCAGACCAGAAAACUCUCAAGACACAAAUCAACAGAUCAGUCCCACUGAGCUGACACCAAGACUUGAUCCAGGGAGCAGCACCUCUCCUCUGACCCAUCCACUGAAGUCACACCCUGCAUCAGAUAUACAGGAUGUCGACACCAAAGCUGCGGUGAAAACCCAGGCUGGCAUGGACACUCCAACUGUAGCUUCAACCGACAGAGAAAAAGACAAACCAAAGACUGUGAGUAAGGAAGUAAAGCAAGAUGGAGAUACUGAACCAGAGACUCUACAUUUGACUGGAAAUGAGGAGCUUUCUAAUGCUGAAAUAUUAGGGACAAUGAAGGAACCACGGAGUACAGAAAGUAGCAUCAUAACCACGACUCAUCCUGUUAAAACACGUGAAACUGCUCAGCACUCAACACAAGUUUAUGAUACUUCUGGUGCAGCCAAGAUGGGCUUCACAAGAAAGGAGACAUCACUUUUGGAAAAUGUUGAAACAACUAUUUCAAGUCCUGACAUUCAACCUGAGAACCCCACAUCUCCAGAUCUCUCAUUGGGAUUAGCAGGGGGACAUACAGAACCUGCAAGUACAGAGAGAUCAUUCUCUCAUGGGCCAGAAUACUUUAUGUCCUCCACUAGAUCAAUGCAUAUCAUAGGUGCCCCCACAGAAUCUGGUCUUGUGGCUCCCAGCAAGUACUGCUCAUCUGAAGAAAGAGAAGUAAGGGCAUCACCACAAGUAGUAACACCUUCAGUUUCAGCAGCCCCAACAGUUCCCGUUUCAGUUAAAGUCUUCAGAGCUACAGAGGAAACUGUAUCUCCUGAGAGAGCAGCAUCAGAAGACUUUGCUGCACCUCAGAAGGAUCCAUCCCGAAACCUGACUGUUUUAACUCCCACACCACAAAGCAGAGAACCAUUAAGUAGCAAGGACACGGUGGCUGAGUGGAGUAACGUUUCAGUCAGUGACAUAAAUUUAAAAGAGGAAAUGAAAGACAGACUGGCAACUGUUUCAUUGGAAGCAGAAACAACACAGCAACGACUUCCCGGUGGAGAGCAAGGGAGUGACAGAGAGACAGAUGAAGAUGAGAUAGAUGUAGGGGUGGAGGAGGAAGAGGAAACACAUGCACAUGCAGAGAUAGAAAUGGAAACUUAUGAUGAUGACAAUGGCAUGCCUGAGGAAUACAAUAAAUCCUCACUUGACUGGAUUUCUCAGUUCAGCAAUGGAGACUCCUUCAUCCAAUCGGAGGCUGAGUCUCCACUGCAGCCUUUUAAAGCAGCUAACCAGCCUCCUGCAUACACAGCCACACUGCAUGGGGCAGGACUAAGACCUGGGAUCAGAGGUCAAAGGGGGUUGCAGGGUCCACCAGGGCUAACAGGACUUCCAGGACCUAAAGGAGACAAAGGCUAUCAGGGCGUUAUGGGCAGGACUGGGCGGACCGGAUACAGAGGCCCUAUUGGUCCUCCUGGGAUUCCUGCCAUUGUCGUGUUUAAAACCUCUGAAGAAGAGUGGGAGGCUUUCAAGAAAAAGAAAUUCUACAAAAAGCUGGUUUCUUCCUGGCCGAAACUUAAGGGGCCACUGGGGCCUCCUGGACCUCCUGGAGAUGAAGGACCAAUUGGGCCGCAUGGAAUUACUGGGAUACAAGGACCAAAAGGAGUUCAAGGGAAAAUCGGUCGUCCUGGACCACAUGGUGUGCCAGGUCCCCAGGGCCGACCUGGGAGUGAUGGGAAUGCAGGUGGGAAUGCUGACCCAGGUCCUCCAGGCUUACCUGGAGAACAGGGGCCCCAAGGCUACAGAGGAGAGAAGGGCAACAAAGGGGAGCUGGGUGAGUGGGGUUAUCACGGGGAGCCUGGACCACAAGGAAAUAGAGGGCCAAAAGGAAAGAAGGGAUAUAAAGGAGUCAGAGGCCUCGUUGGGAUUCCUGGCUACAUAGGAGUGCCCGGAGCCAGGGGUCCUCCUGGUUUCCCUGGACCAUCAGGGCAAAAGGGAGAGAUCGGAGCUGUAGGGUUUAGCGGACCACCAGGCCCACAUGGCAAAAUGGGUCCCAGAGGAGUAAAAGGUGUCUUAGGAGUGAAGGGACCUCCAGGUAAACAAGGUGAAAUGGGCCUCAGCGGAGCAGCUGGAGCACAGGGAGAGCCUGGUCCUGAUGGAAUAGUUGGGUUUCCUGGCAUUCGUGGCCCUCAGGGAAGCCCAGGACCUGUUGGACCUCCAGGUCCUAAAGGAGACCCUGGUGAUCCAGGAGAUGAAGGUGGAAUAGGGGAACCUGGACCACCUGGAAAUAAUGGAGCCAAUGGGAAUCCAGGAGUGCCUGGACCCUCAGGUGAUCCCGGGGCUAAAGCCAAGCGAGGUGAGAGAGGUGGUCCAGGGUUUAAGGGAGACCUGGGACCUCCAGGGCCUCCAGGUAAACAGGGAUUGAAGGGGCAUCGAGGCCCAUUAGGACUUGAGGGACUUGUAGGACCAAUAGGGCCAACAGGACUUCCUGGAUCCAGUGGGUUUGAUGGCAUCAUGGGAGAGCAAGGGAAGCAGGGAAAAGAUGGACCUAAGGGAGAUCGAGGGCCAACCAGUAUUCAAGGAGUUCCUGGGCCUCGAGGAGACAAGGGUCGAGAAGGUCGAGCAGGAUUUUCUGGAUUGCCUGGUCCUUUUGGAGAGAUGGGAAAAUCUGGAGAGAGAGGACCUGAAGGAGAACCUGGUAUUAAGGGAAGUCCAGGAGUCCCAGGGGUUACUGGACCGAAAGGCCUUAAGGGAUUUCAAGGUCAUUUGGGAAACAGGGGACAGGAUGGAGCUUUUGGAGCCAUGGGACCCACUGGUGCAAAUGGAAUGAUUGGGGACACUGGGCCUCCAGGACCGAAAGGAUUGCCUGGGAAAACAGGAGCUCCUGGCCCCCAAGGACCUGUAGGAAAGAAUGGUGAAGCUGGCGGUAGAGGAAUGAAGGGGAUGCCAGGAAAGCCAGGAGUGAGAGGGGUUAAAGGUAAAGAAAGCCCCAGAGGACUUCCAGGGAGUGAAGGACUAAAGGGUAAGAGAGGCGAGGAAGGACCAAGAGGGAAACCAGGGCCCCCAGGCGAGAUGGGCAUGUCUGGACCAUGGGGAUACAGAGGACCUCUUGGUAUCCAGGGUAACAUUGGACCAUGGGGUGAAAUUGGAUCCCGUGGCCUUCCAGGUGACCAGGGUCCAAAGGGUCCAGUCGGCCCUCGUGGAGUUACAGGUUACCCAGGUAAAGAUGGACCUCAAGGACCAACAGGAUCAGCUGGUGUCAAAGGAGAUAAGGGAUUCAGAGGAGUUUUGGGGCAGGAGGGAGUCGCUGGUCUCGAUGGUGAGGAGGGACCAGUCGGAGUCAGGGGACCUGAGGGGCCAGCCGGACAAAAAGGAAUAUCUGGUGAUAAAGGGAAUGCUGGACCUCCUGGUCAGAGAGGGCCAAAGGGAGCUGAAGGCGACAGAGGCAACCGAGGGCCACUGGGAGCAAAGGGUCCACCAGGGAAACAGGGAUACAGGGGUGCACCAGGGGACAGAGGAAAACAGGGAACACUGGGGCUCAAGGGGGAGCCAGGCCUCAGGGGUCUAUCGGGCAAACCUGGACAGUUCGGACCAGGGGGCAACACCGGGGCAGCAGGGGCCAAAGGCCAGAAGGGGCUCCAGGGACAUACUGGCCCACCUGGCAGUAUUGGUUCCCCUGGAAAAAUUGGACCAUCAACACCAGGUUUUCCAGGCAACAGAGGGGUUGAUGGAAAAUCUGGAGUCCCUGGACAAAAGGGCAGUCAUGGUGAGAAGGGCCGGCUCGGUCUUCCAGGCAUCAAAGGAGACAUGGGCAUAAGAGGUCAAAAUGGUGCAAAAGGAGAGCCUGGGACACGAGGCACUGUGGGGACAGUGGGGAAGAAGGGGUUCAUUGGCACUCCAGGUGCUAAAGGUCAGCCUGGACAUGCUGGCCCUCCUGGUCUUCCAGGAACUAAAGGAAUUCAGGGGCCAAAGGGAAGACAAGCCCAGCCAGGAAGGAAAGGAAACAAAGGAGCCCCUGGAAAAACUGGAGCUGAGGGUAUGCCAGGGAGACCAGGACCUGCUGGAAGACCUGGAAAACCCGGUCUGAGCGGUUUGGAUGGGUUACUGGGGGUUGAGGGUAAUGAAGGAUAUCCGGGCGAUACUGGUUACAGAGGAGCUCCUGGAACACCUGGCAGGCCUGGCAAGAUGGGAGAACCUGGCACACCUGGGAUCAGAGGAAACAUUGGAGUAGGAGGGGUUAAGGGUAAAACUGGACCGAAAGGAAAACAGGGACCUCCUGGACCAAUGGGGCCAAAGGGUAUUCAAGGACUGAGAGGAGAGAAGGGCAAUACUGCAAUGACUGGUCCCAAGGGUCACUCAGGUGAAACAGGGAUACUGGGGCCAAUCGGGCCACCAGGGUUAAAGGGAAAUCCUGGAUUGCAGGGGCUGAAAGGUCAAAUAGGUCGCAAAGGAAAGCAGGGGGAUGCUGGUCCUCGUGGUCCUUCUGGGCGAAAAGGGUUCCUUGGACUCUCAGGUCAGCUUGGAAUGAAGGGAAUGAAAGGUGUCCAAGGCAGUAGAGGACCAAAGGGAGUGAAGGGCAAGCGUGGACCUCCAGGAAAACCAGGUGCACCCGGCAAACACAAGCUUACACAAAGACGGGGAUCAAAACAUGAGCCAAGACCAGGUCAAACACCCACAACAAGCUCCAAGCUAAAAACUGUACCAAGACUUAGACAAACACCCAGUCUCCUGAAGAGAAUAGAAGGACAACAAAAACCACCUAGGCCGGUGAAGGGGAGACAGUCUCAAAGAGAUGAGGCUGAGGAGUUCUUCAGCUGGCCCCAGGGAACCAAAGAUGACCCAGCCACCACCUGCUAUGAGCUGGGACUCAUACACCCACAUCUGAAUGAUGGUUACUUUUACAUGGACCCCAACCAAGGCUGUCCUUAUGAUGCUGUGAGGGUGUUCUGUAACUUCACAGCAGGAGGAACAACCUGCAUAGACCCUCUACACUCACAGAUUAAAUUUAGGUGGGAACCAGAAAAGCAGAAAUCAAGAGAGAGUGUCCAGUGGUUUAGUCAGCAACAUGGUGGGAAAAAGUUUGGGUACACUGGUGUGGAUGUUGUCCAGCUGAGGUUUCUGCGGUUACACAGUCACACAUCUUUCCAGCACAUGACUGUCAGCUGUACAGCAAACCAAUCCAGGACUGCUGGCACAACUAAUUCAGCCAAUAGGAUUGUCCGUAUCCUGGGAGACUCCAGCAAAGAAAUUGAUUCACACCUUACUACAGUGUCCAGGAAAGACUGUGAGGUAGAGGUGAUUGUGAGGGUUCGGGGCAGCACAGAGCUACAUCGAGGUGAUAUGGAGUUACUUCCUAUCAGAGAUCUGGGUACAGAGAUGAGGUCACUAUCUCACCUCGUCCCUGAGAUCACUGCUGUCUUGGGACCCCUCUGCUUCUUGUGACAAAUGAGUAGUGUUUGUGUUUGUGUGUGCUUUUGUGUGUAUAUGUGAUAAAAUCUUGUAAAUACCUCUUUUAUAUAGAAAGCAGCAAUAUACUGUGUGGUGUCUAGAUAUUUUACGUAAAUAUUUGUUAGGAUAAAUUUGCGUAGUGCUGUACUGUAUUUUGUGUAUAUUUAUUGAUUUGUCAAAAUCUGAAUAAAUUGUUAGAUUUUAACAUAAUGGAGCAUUUUAUAAAUGUUGAUGCAGCAUCAAACGUUCAGAUUUCGCUGGGAAAUGAUGUGCAGCACAAUCAGAAUAAAACAAUCACUUUAAACAU